CGCCUCCAUUCGUCUGUUUUGGCCGUGCCAAGGCAACGGCGUCGUGGUACCUGGGCACGGUAUCCGAGACCCUGAGGUCAAGGUGCGAGUACUUCAAGACCCUCAUCUCCUUUUUCUGCCCUUGGUGAGGCACAGUGUUCCUGCUCCUCCCAAAUACACCCGGGGGAACGCACGAACUUCUACACACCAAGCCUGGUGUCAAGCGAGGUGGAUUCUUAGAUCAUGAUGUCUUUUCGUACUAUGACGCCCAUGCUUAUGGCUCUAUUGCCUCUGCGCAUGGCUUUGGCGGAGCCACCGACACAGCAGGCGCUCGACGCAUUUCCUAUCUGCGUGGUGAGUCUGCCGCUGGCUUUGGCACAGUUGCAGCUAACAUGGUGUAUUGAAGAGUGAUUGUAUCACGGCAGGCAUCAUGGAACAGAGCUGCGACGCGGCUGACCUACAAUGCAUCUGUGCGAGCGAUACCCUCCGUGCGUACCUCGGCGCAUGCGUGGGUGUUGCUUGUACGCCAGCGGAAGCUCUCUCCGCGAGGAAUAUCACCACUGCCCUUUGCCAUUCCUCGGCACGAAGUCGGUCUGGUCAGCUUGUCGUGGUGGCGUCCACGAUGACAGGUCUGGCCGUGGCCUUUGCCACGGCCCGCCUUGUUUGCCGGCAGUGGGUGGUCGGAUCUUCGCUGUGGUUAGAUGACUGGCUGGCCCUUGGCGCGACUGGUACCAUCAUCGCGAGCGCUUUCAUCAAUAUCUAUGGCCUGGCUGGACACGGGCUGGGCCGGGACAUCUGGACCCUGUCGGCAGGCGAGAUCACCGCGGUUCUGCGAUACUUCCACACGAUAGCAUGGCUGUACUUCCUGGACACUGCACUGGUGAAGUUGUCCGUCAUUGUCUUCUACCUCCGCAUUUUCCCUACUGUCGCCGUACAGAGGCUACUCUGGGGCACGUUCGCUGUGACGUGCAUCUGGGGUGCGACAUUCAUCUUCGUGGCUGUAUUCCAGUGCCGACCCAUCGAUCACUUCUGGAAGCACUGGGAUGGGAUGCAUCAGGGCUCCUGUGUGGAUGCGAAUGCUGUGGCCUGGGCCAGCGCUGCGACGAACAUUGCCCUCGAUCUAUGGCUCCUGGCGGUGCCGCUCUGGCAGCUGCGCACUCUGCAGCUCCAUCGGAAGAAAAAGAUUGGCGUAGGCCUGAUGUUCUGCGUUGGGAUCUUCGUCACGGUCGUGAGUGCCCUUCGGCUUCAAUCCCUCGUCACCUUUGCGAAGACCUCGAACAUGACGUGGGACUACUAUCCCGCCUGUCUCUGGUCCACCAUAGAGGUCACGGUGGGCUUGAUGUGCGCCUGUUUCCCGGCUGUGCGGCAGCUCCUGGUCAAGGGGUUCCCCCGCCUGGGCGAGUCCUGUCAACUCUGUGCCGGUGUCCAAAACCCAUAG